AUGGCAAAUAAUGGUACGCUGUCUUUUCAGUACCCCCGUCUCACAAAAGAUAAUUAUGAGAAAUGGUGUCUACGUAUGAAAGCCAUUCUUGGUUCUCAGGAUGUGUGGGAAAUCGUAGAUAGAGGAUUCUCAGAAAUGGCUUAUUUCCGGGGCUUUCGUUGGCUUGAUAUCCGUGGCAAGAUUGCAAGUCAAAUGUUGUCAAAGAGAACAACAUAUGUCGUGUAUCUGGUGUUCAACUUAGCUCCAGAUGCAUUUGACGGUCUUGAAAUUGGUAAGUCAGUUGUUAGAUUUGUCAAUUGUGAGAGUGACAAUGAGGCUGGGGAACGACGAACAGUCAGGAGAAUUGGUUUAGUUAAAGCUCAGAGAAGAGUUGAUGAAUGGAUGGAAAUAGAAAUGGGGAAAUUCUAUGACAGCAUUAUCUGA